GUAAAAGGCGUGCUCGUUCCUGUUUCCGAUACUUCCCGGUUUUCUGACGCCACUCAGUGUAAUCUUGAGUUUUCAACACCGCCUAUUCUGUAGAAAAUAAGUUCUAAAUCGAACAUACCUUGGUACGCUAUCGUUUGUGUAUUGUGUAUCCAUAAUUUCACGAAAACGAUCUUUACAGAUAUUUCCAAUUACCGGUAAUUGGCCGACCAGACAAACGUCAAAAAUGACCCACGGGUUUCAUUAUUGCAGAAACACAGAUAUCUGAUGUGGAGACACUAAACAAAAAAAAAAAAAAACCUCUGCAGAAAUGAAGAUCACAGACAGUGUGCUGCGGAGUUUCAGGGUCGCCAGGACAUAUGGAGAAAAUUCAAAGAAAGUCAACUGUGUGGAUUUCAGCCCAAAUGGCGAAAAUGCAAUAUCAAGCAGUGACGACGACUGCAUUGUGUUAUAUGACAUCCGGGAAGGAAAACCUCAGAGGACCCUGUACAGCAAGAAGUAUGGAGUGGACCUGAUCCGCUACACACAUGGAGAUACACAGACAGUGGUCUACAGCUCCAAUAAACUGGACGAUACCAUCAGAUACCUGUCACUCAGUGACAACAAGUUCAUCAGGUAUUUCCCGGGUCACACUGCAAGAGUUAUCUCUCUUUCCAUGUCACCAGUGGAUGAUACAUUUAUCUCUGGCUCAUUAGAUAAGACAAUCCGAAUCUGGGACCUGCGCUCUCCAAACUGUCGGGGUCUUACUAAUCCACUGGGUAAACCUGUAUGUUCCUUUGACCCUGAUGGUCUGAUAUUUGCUGCUGGGGUAGAAUCUCUGGCCAUUACGUUGUAUGACCUUCGUGCUUUUGACAAGGGUCCUUUUGCCUCUUUUGAAACAAGGUUUAAUCGUGCCUGCGACUGGACGGGACUCCGAUUCAGUAACGAUGGGAAACAGAUUCUCAUCUCAACCAAUGGAGGAAUGAUUCGCAUUCUGAACGCCUUCAAUGGAUCUGUGCUACACACCUUUUCUGGCUACAAUAACAGUAAAGGCAUUCCCCUUGAGGCCUGCUUUACUCCUGACUCACAGUUUGUCAUGAUAGGUUCGGAGGACGGGAGAGUCCACGUUUGGAGCACGGAGAGCGGAAUGAAGGUGGCUGUGCUUGAUGGGAAACAUCCGGGACCCAUCAACACUCUGCAGUUUAACCCCAGAUACAUGACAUUUGCCAGCGCCUGCACUCAAAUGCUAGUGUUAGACUCGUACAGAGAGCCCGCACAGAGUUGGGACAAGGAUUACGAUCACUUCCUGCUUCCUCUGCUUACACAUCAGGAACCCUGCUACAUCCUCUAUCGCCUGGACUCCCAGAAUGCACAGGGAUACGAGUGGAUCUUCAUCCCCUGGUCACCUGACCAAUCACCAGUGAGGCAGAAGAUGUUGUACGCAGCUACCCGUGCCACACUGAAGAAAGAGUUUGGAGGAGGUCACAUUAAAGAUGAAAUGUUUGGCACAGUCGAGGAUGACGUGUGCUUCCAGGGUUACCUGCGACACAUGACCUCCUGCUCCUCCCCGGCUCCACUCACAACAGCCGAGCAGCAGUUACAACAAAUCAAAGUCACAGAGGUAAAGUUUAAACAGGAAGAGGCCAAACGAGCCCUGCAGCAACUCAAGCAGAGAUGCAUCAACUACAUACAGCUGAGGUUGGAUGUAGAGAAGGAGACUAUUGAGCUGGUUCACACCAAACCUACAGAGAUCCACGAGCUUCCCUUUAGGAUCCCUUCAGAUUCCCCAAGAUAUCACUUCUUCAUCUUCAAGCACUCUCACCAGGGUCAGCGGCAGGAAGCACUGGUGUUCAUAUAUUCAAUGCCUGGGUACACCUGCAGCAUCAAGGAGCGGAUGCUGUACUCUAGCUGUAAGAACAGGCUACUGGACGAGGUGGAGAAAGACUACCACCUGGAGGUCACCAAAAAGAUGGAGAUAGACAACGGUAAUGACCUGACUGAACACUUCCUGUACGAAGAGGUCCACCCAAUGGAGCACACCUUAAAGCAGGCCUUCACCAAGCCCCGCGGGCCAGGAGGGAAGAGGGGCAACAAACGCCUUAUCAAGGGUGCAGGAGAGAAUGGGGAAGAAAGUUAGAUACUAAACACACACACAUACAAACAUCAGGAAUUAUACACACACACUUGCAAAAUAACACUAUACGUAUGAUCUUACAUGUUAUAACUGGUAAACUUCUAGUCAUUUC